AUUCAUAUAAAUAUGUUAUUCAUUUGAUUUAUGCUAAAGCAAUAUGUGGCGUUUAUGUGCAAUUAUUUUGUUUUGUUUUACAAUUAAUUUUGUGACAUCUUUGGAAUGUUAUAUGUGUAUGGCUUCAUUGAGCAGUGACUGUACAGAUGCAAAUCCAAAGUCUAAAGUGAUACAACCUUGCAUAGCUGCAGAAAAUUUAACGAAUAUUGAACCGUUUUGUGUUACCGCUAUUGCUGGAGAUUCUCCGGCGAUGGGCAGGAACUUCCUGAGAGGAUGCGGCUAUAUUUACUCCGGUCAGGACAUCUGCAAGUACAUAAUCGACAAUGGAAUUGCUGAAGAAUGUAAAUCCUGUAACAAGAACCUCUGCAAUUUGGAUCUUCUACCAACAGCAUGGAACAAUAAUAAUGAAAUAUGAAGAUUUUGAUUUGUUUUAACUGUAGAAAUAUUAAGUAAACUGAUAAUGGAAA